CUCGUUUCCCUGAACUUGCGCUCUUCAGGAUGUUGGGCCAUUAGUUUUCAGUGUGACUGACUGCACGCGGGGUUGAGUACAGGAGGACGGAACCUGUUGGCGCAUGCCCUCCGCUUCUUCCGCAAAAAAAAGAAAGAAGGCAAACAUCUGCCCUGCUGUCAAGUCAGACCACUCCCUUGGCGACUUCACUUUCUACGAAGUGAACGGGGAAGACGGCGUUCGCGUUUAGAGCUGUUAUGAGGGCCUCGGAGAAUGGCGGAAGCCGUCGCGCUUGAGGAGCUGCGUUGCGAGCUCACCUGCCCGGUGUGUUUGGAGCUGUUCCGCGAGCCGGUGAUCCUCGACUGCGGCCACCACUUCUGCAGGGUGUGUAUCGUCCAGUGCUGGGAGGUCAAGGCGGACGAGACGCAGACCUGCCCGCAGUGCAGGAAACAGUGCUCCACCAAACUGCGACCCAACUCGCUUCUGUGUAACGUGGUGGACAGCGUGCGCCGGGCUCGGACCAUGGACCUGGCCAGCUCCAGACCGGCCGCGGAGCCCGACGGUGCGCAAGAGGAGCCCGAGGAGAGGGAGCCCGGCUCCAGCAUGAGCAGCGUGGCGUCCUCCAUCAGCUACUGGCCUCGCCCGGGCGCGGAUAUGUGCGAGGAGCACGAGGAGAAGCUGAAGCUGUACUGCGAGGACGACCAGCUCGCCAUCUGCCUGGUGUGCGGGAUGUCCCGGGACCACAAGACGCACAACGUCAUCCCCAUCAACGAGGCUUUCGAAAAUUACAAGGAUAAGCUGUCUGUUGCACUGGAAAAGGUUCAGCUACAGAUGAACGAAGCCUCGCUCUUCCAAAGCCAGACCAAUGAAAAGAUCAUGCAUAUCAAGGGGAGAGCCGGGGAUCUGGAGGAGCGGGUGAGUGCCGAGUUUGGCCGCUUGAGGGAGUUCCUUCAUCAGGAGGAGGAGCGCGUGAAGGCGAACCUGAAGCAGGAGAAGCAGGAGCGACUCAACCAGUUAGAGGAGGCACUCACCCAAGCCACUGAGCAAAUCAGCCAAUUGGAGAGCACGGCUGACCAGCUCCGCCUCAAACUGACGGAGGAAGAGAACCCAGAGCAUCUCAAGGGUAUCAGGGACUUUAUUGAAGGGGCUGAGAGCCUGUUUGAGCGCCCCCCAGAGGUAAAUGUUGACCUACAGUCAGGAGAGUUUGUGGGACCGUUGCAGUAUAGAACCUGGAGGAAAAUUAACUCUGUACUUCAGCCAGCUAUCUCUGCAGUGACCCUUGACCCGGACACAGCGUAUCCACGUCUGUGGGUCUCCCCGUGUCGCACCAUUGUUCAAGUGGGUGACAUCCAGUCGAACCUACCAAACAACCCUGAGCGCUUCACCCGUUACAACAUUGUCUUCGGCCACGAGGCCAUCUCGUCUGGCAGGCACUACUGGGAGGUGGAGGUGGGCUCUAAGUUCGCCUGGGGUCUUGGGGUGGCAACUGCCUCCGUCAACAGGAAGGAAGAAAUCAGCCUCUGUCCAGACGACGGUUUCUGGACCCUGGUGCUAAGGGACAAUGGCGAUGGCACCAACGAGUAUGAGGCAUGCACUGAUCUAGAGGAGAGCUUGUUGUAUCCCCCAAAACCCCCCAGGAGGGUCGGGAUCUAUGUGGACUAUGGACGCGGAGAAGUGGCGUUUUAUGAUGCAGGGGAUAUGAGCCACCUGUUUACCUUUGGCGAUGCGAAAUUCACAGAGCCUAUUUUCCCUUACUUCAAUCCCUGGCCCAUUAUCAACGGACGCAACCGCCAGCCUCUCACCAUCGUAAAACCUCUCUGGUCAGAUGUUUGAUACAUCAAGAGCUGCUACAAGACUCUCAUCAUGGUUUUAACUGUUCUCAACUUUUUUUUUUUAACUACACUUGAUGGUGAAUCAUAGUCCAGCUAUGCAGCUAACACCUCCAAUCGUUUUGAUGUAUUAAUAUUCCAAGAAUACCGUUGUCUCCAGUAUCUGUCUGCGGUAAAGUCCACGGUGAUGAAUACCCGGUUGAACUUGAAAACUAAGAAACAGAGAGGAGUAAAAUUUCUCUAAAAUACAGGAGGACAAAACAAUAACAUCACAUUGUUUUGGUCAAGUUAGCUAAGUAAGUAUAUAUACUUUAUCUGAAUGUCAAAAGAAUUGACUGAUAAUACCACGAGAGGAGCCUUACAACCUGUCAAUUUAUGCAUUUUCUAACAUGUUAUAUGAGAACAGUAUCAAACUGUAUAACAAUGCAUUUUACAGUUUUUGAAUAUCAUGUACUAAUAUUCUAACAAGGUUUUAGCUACAAAUAUAUGGGUUGCCAAUGUGAAUUUGUGGUUUUGAAUUGGAUUUUAUUUGUCAUAUAUUCCUCUUCUAUGUGACUCCAUUGUACAAGGAGCACUUCCCUUGA